UGGAUGGAAGAUUUUCCCGUCGCGUUUUCUGGUGAUGGUUUCGGAAUCUUUUUCCACGCACUCCGACACGCUCACUCAGUAGAUCGUGAGUGUUUCAAUGCGUCGGACGUGCAUCGCAGUGUCGCGUUACGCCAUUCCCGGCACUCGGAACAAGGAGCGUUAGCCACUUGCAAUUGUCAUCCAGCAGCAGCAGCAGCAGCAGUAACAGCAGCAAGGAAACGGAGUGUACUUACACAAAGCAAAGCGCACGACCUUUCCUCCAAAGCAGACGUUGUCUCGGCAGAGUCAGAAGGCCAAACAACCGUCAGUGCAGUGAGGUGACAGUGGAAACAAAAGAAUACAAUACUAAAGAAGGUGAUAUAGAAAAGAAAGCAAGUAAUACAUAAAUUUAACACAAGAAUACUACUGUGCGUGAGUGCAACGUUUAGUGAAGCAGUUUUUUCCGCCUGGUGGUACGUGUGUUGUGUUUGCCUUUAGCACUCACGCUCGCUCCCCAAGCUGAGUGUAAUUAAAUUAGUUUCUGGGGGUUUAUUUGUCUUCAAACCCGUGCUUAGAAGUGUCCCACUAGUAGGUGAAGCGAAGUGUGUUUGUGUUUGUGCUGCAAGUGCGUGCAAGUGCUCUCCGUAAAGGGGAUGGGCAUUUCAGUUUGCAUCUCAGCGUCGGAAGUGAAAUAGAUUCAAAAAUAGUGCAACCAGUUGUGUUAGAAAGCAGUCCACAGAAUACGGGGAGGACCACCCUUCAUUUCAUCACCACACUCUAAGCGACGUGACUGAGCGUCGAUCAACGGCCGAGCAAAAUCGCCGAGCUAAACGAGCCAAACCGAGGAGUGCCAGAGAGGUUAUAGCCCGAACGGUGCAAACGAUAAACGGAUUCCGAGAGGUUGCGUUGACUCGUUGACCUCUUUGUCGCUCGUGGAUCGGCAUACGGUGCACCGAAGAGAGUUGACCGGUUAAAAGGCGGCAGUGUACAAUAAAGUGUACCGAAAACAAAACCGAAACGAUUUAAAACGGAAAUAAUCCAAUCCCAAUCCCUGCAAUCUUCGUCCGUUCGGAAAGCUUCGGAGUGGUGAAAAAGCCGAAAGGGAAAAAUAGUUGAUAACUCUUUAACACAAAAGCUCCAACAGUGGCAACGGGCCAGUCUCCCGCCAGACACGUGCAGCCGACUUCCACGUUUCACUUCACCAGCGUGUUCACUGUAGUGAGUUGCACAGAAACCACCGAGUCUCACACAUAUACAGUCUUACACACUCACCCAUAGACAAAAGCGCGCGCGCGCUCGAGCCCUCCAUUCACCUUAUCUCCCCGCACGACCCAUCGCGUUUCAAAAUGUCCCGCUCGACGGCAUCCAAUCAGCAGCGACGGCAAAGAUCAAGGUCUACCACACGCUAUGCCGACCUAGAGAAGCCGAAAAAGAAAAAGACACUCAGUUCGACGAGUUUAGUUUCGAUACCCAACACAAUAAAGUUAAGCAUGUUAAAUAGCGGUUUGCUGUCACUAGAUAAAGUAAAACUGUCAGCACGAGAUGAGAAAAACCCACUAUCGCAGACGAUGCCCGACAAACCGACCGAACUGCGACACUUUGCGAAGCUGUGCGAGCAGCGGCGCAAGUUCCCGAUACUGUACAAGCUCGAAUUCCAGACGGCUGUGAAGGUUGAAACCAACUCGUGCAAGCACGCCCUGCGCAAAGCCAAUGCACUCAAGAACCAGAACCCCAAAUGCAUUCCAUACGAUUACAAUAGGGUCGUUUUAGACAAGUACGACAACACACCGGACUCGGACUACAUCAAUGCGUCGUACGUGGAUAGUUUACUUAAGCCAAACGCGUAUAUCGUAACGCAGGGACCAACGGAGGACACGGUGCUAGAUUUUUGGCGCAUGGUUUGGCAAGAGAACUGUAGCUGUAUUGUGAUGCUAACGAAGACGUUCGACUUUACGAAGGUUAUGUGUGUUCAGUACUGGCCACCGAACAAGGAGAAGGAGGAAAUCUACGGCGACAUGCACAUCACGAUACAGUCCGAGGAGGAGCUAGCCAAUUUUCACAUAAGAACGUUUAGGCUGUUUAAACUCAAUAAAGAUAACGUAGUUUCCGAGGAGCGAUUUUUACUACAGUUUCACUACACCGAAUGGCAUUCACAUACCUGCCCUUUUUCCAAUGCAAUUCUCGAGUUCCGCCGGCGGGUGCGCGCCGUCGUGGGGACCAUCAUCAAAGCGAACAGCCGGAUCGGUCCGAUGCUGGUGCACUGCAAUGACGGUGGUGGCCGAUCGGGCGUAUACCUGGCCAUCGAUGCCAACAUGGAGCUGGCCGAGGAGGAGGACUCGUUUCACGUGUUCGGCUAUCUGAAGAAGCUACGCCAGUCGCGGAAAGGCCUUAUAGAGAACGUGGACCAAUACAAAUUCGUAUACGACACGCUGGAGGAGUUCAUUAUCUGCGGCAAUUCGUGGUUUCCGGUGAAGGAGCUGUCGCAGCGGCUGAAGGAGAAAAGCCUCAAGGAUCCGCUCACCAAGAUGAACUCGUACCAGCGCGAGUAUGCCCAGAUCUGCAAGCAGACGCCCCGCUUCACCAUCGGCGACUGUGCCGGCGGCCACCGGGGCGACAAUCGGGAGAAGAACCGCGACGUCCUUUGCGUACCACCUGAUAACUUCCGUCCUUACCUUAGCUCGUUUCAGGGAAAUUCAUUUACCGACUACAUUAACGCCGUGUUCGUUGACGGCUACACGAAACCGCGCGAGUACAUCGUCACGGAAUGGCCGCUCCAGAAGACGUGCGGUGAAUUCUGGUCCCUCGUUUACGAUCACGAAUGUGCCGCCGUCGUCGUGCUCUGCCAGCCACCGCACAAUUCGCAACAAUAUCCUGCCUUCUGGCCCGAGGGUCGCCACUCGAAAAAGUACGGACCGGUGUUCACGAUCGAUCACAUCUCGCACCAGCACUAUUCCAACAUCAAGUCGUGGAUCUUCCGGAUCAACAAGAAGGUCAUCUCGCUCACCGAGCUGAUGGCGGGCGUCAAGGCACCGCCGAGAACGGUGCAACUCUUCCAGCUCACCUGCUGGCCGAUGGGCCACAAGGUACCGACGUCGACCAACUCGCUGGUCGAGCUGAUGAAUAUGGUCGAACGAUGGAGGCAAAAAACGGACUACGGUCCCGUCUGCGUGGUGUCACCCGAUGGUCGCAGCAGGGCCGGUGUGUACUGUGCAGCCAACGCCUGCAUAGAGCAGGUCAUCCAGCACGGCGAGGUGGACGUGUUUCAGGCUGUCAAAACUGUGCGAAGGCAUCGGCCGCAACUCGUAGACAAUAUGACUGAAUACAAGUACUGCUACGACCUGGUGCUGCACUACGUGUUGCACUAUUUGAAUAAAGACUUGAAAGAAAAGAAGUGAGAAAGCGAUUUACACGAUGAUCUGUGGUUUAUUGAAUUUGGACGAGGGAAAAGCAUCCCGCUUACGCCCGAGUACUCAAAUUCCGAACUCUCCAAAGAACUAUCGAACGCAGGUCGUGUAAUC